AUGGUGAAGCUACAGUUGCCCAAUCCUGGCCUGGAGGACAGGAUACCUUCCCUUGAAGAACUUGAGAUCCUCGAGAAGGAAGAGGCAGACACCAGACCAAAAUGGGAUAACAAGGCUCAGUAUAUGCUGACAUGCGUAGGGUUUUGCGUGGGCUUAGGAAAUGUGUGGCGGUUUCCAUAUCUCUGUCAGAGCCACGGAGGAGGAGCUUUCAUGAUCCCUUUCCUGAUUUUGCUAGUCCUGGAGGGUAUCCCCCUGCUUCACCUUGAGUUUGCCAUUGGCCAAAGGCUGAGGAGAGGCAGUGUGGGUGUCUGGAGCUCUAUCCAUCCUACCCUGAAAGGGGUUGGCAUAGCAGCAAUGUUUGUAUCCCUCCUGGUGGGUUUAUAUUAUAACACUAUUAUUGCCUGGGUAAUGUGGUAUUUCUUCAACUCCUUCCAAGACCCCCUGCCUUGGAGUAGCUGCCCUCUCAAUGCCAACAGAACAGGUUACGUAGAAGAGUGUGCCAAGAGCUCUCCUGUAGAUUAUUUCUGGUACAGAGAAACACUGAACAUCUCCACUUCCAUUGAAGAUUCAGGCACUCUACAGUGGUGGCUUUUGUUAUGUUUAACAUGUGCAUGGGCUGUACUGUAUGUGUGCAUAAUCAGAGGAAUUGAAACAUCAGGAAAGGCUGUGUAUAUAACAUCAACUCUUCCAUAUCUUGUGCUUACCAUUUUUUUAAUCCGUGGCUUGACACUGAAAGGAUCCACCAAUGGAAUUGUGUAUCUCUUCACCCCAAAUGUAACCGAGCUGGCUAACCCAGUGACGUGGCUGGAUGCAGGUGCUCAGGUGUUUUACUCUUUCUCCCUGGCCUUUGGAGGCCUUAUUUCAUUCUCCAGUUACAACUCUGUUCACAAUAACUGUGAGAAAGAUGCUCUGAUUAUCUCAGUGAUCAAUGGUUUCACAUCCAUCUAUGCAGCAACCGUUAUAUACUCCAUCAUUGGAUUCAGAGCCACAGAAAGAUAUGAUGAUUGUUUUGACAAAAAUAUUCUUACUCUGAUGAAUGCAUUUGAUCUGCCAGAAGGUAAUGUAACCCAAGAUAACUUCGAACAAAUGCAGCAGCUAUGUAACAUGACUGAUCCAACGACUUUUGCAAGCCUGAAGUUUGAAACCUGUGACCUAGAAAGUUUCUUGAAUGAUGGAGCUGAAGGAACUGGCCUAGCCUUUAUUGUCUUCACCGAAGCUAUCACCAGGAUGCCUGUCUCACCUUUGUGGUCCAUUCUCUUCUUCAUUAUGCUCUUCUGCUUGGGUUUGUCAUCUAUGUUUGGAAACAUUGAAGGCGUGAUUGUACCUUUACAAGAUCUUAAGAUUAUAACCCCAAAAGUGCCUAAGGAGCUUUCUAACUGUUUCAUCUGUUUGGGUUCUUACUUGGUAGCUUUUAUUUUUGUGCUGGAGUCUGGUAAUUACUGGCUAGCUCUCUUUGACAGUUUUGCUGGCUCUAUUCCCCUGUUAAUCAUUGCAUUUUUCGAGAUGUUUUCAGUCGUCUACAUUUAUGGAAUAGACAGGUUUAACAAGGAUAUUGAGUUCAUGGUUGGACACAAGCCCAAUUUUUUCUGGCAGGCUACCUGGAGAGUUAUCAGUCCUCUCAUUAUGUUAGUUAUCUUCCUCUUUUAUUUUGUGGUGAAAGUCAAUGAAGAGCUGCUCUACAGUGUUUGGGACCCUAGCUACGAGUUGUUCCCCAAAACACAGAAGGUUGAAUAUCCCAGUUGGGUAUAUGCUAUUAUUGUAGUCCUCGCUGGAGUGCCUAGUUUGUCCAUCCCUUCUUUUGCCAUCUACAAAGCCAUCAGAAAUCGCUGUCAGAAAAAGAAUGAUCGUACGGGCCUUAUGAUCUCCACAUCUGAGACUUCUGUUAAUGGAAACCUAAAGUACUCAGCAUAA